AUGGCAGCUUGCAUUACUAAUUGUUUGCUUGAAUGGGGUUUGGAUAAUGUGUUUACUAUUACAGUUGAUAAUGCUAGUUCUAAUGAUGUUACUGUGAAAGAAAUGUCUAAACAAUUGAGUAAUUGGGGAACUAACAUUAUGGAUGGUGACCAUCUUCAUGUGAGGUGUAUGGCACAUAUCCUUAAUCUUAUUGUGCAAGAUGGGUUGAAGGAAAUUGGUAAGUCUAUCAAGCUAGUGAGACAAGCCGUGAAAUACAUUAAACAAUCUCCCGCAAGAAUUCGAAAGUUCAAAGAAUGUUGUGAAUCUCAAUUGAUAGCUUGUAAGAAAUCUCUGUGUUUAGAUGUUCCUACUAGGUGGAACUCUACAUAUUUGAUGGUUGAUGUAGCACAACAUUUUGAGCUUUCAUUUGAAAGAUAUAGUUUUUAUGAUAUUGGAUACUUGAACCAUUUUCGUACCUUUGGUUCUAAUUCUUCUGAAGGUGAAGAUGGAACUAAUGUAGAUAUUCUUACAAGUGUUAACUGGAAAAAUGUGAGGUCAAUGGUGAAAUUUAUUGAAACUUUUUAUGUACCUACUUUGAAGAUUUCUGAUUCUAAUUAUGUCACUAGCAAUACACACUUUGUUGAAAUUGCUGAACUUAAUCUUAUUUUGAAAGAGAUGAUGGAAAAUGAAGAUGGUAAUUUGAAAGAAAUGAGGAAGAAUGAGAACGAAACAACAAUUGAGAAGCAUAAAGAAGUUAGUGGAAGUUCAGGUAGUAAAUCAGAAUUGGAAAGCUAUCUUGCUGAAGAUAUUAAGCCAAAUAGUGAUGGCUUUGAUAUAUUAAUGUGGUGGAAAGUAAAUGAGCUGAGAUUUCCUAUUCUCGCGGAAAUGGUUCGUGAUGUGUUAGCCAUUCCCAUUUCAAGUGUCGCAUCAUUAACUCCUAAACUUGUGCAAUCACUUAUUUGUGUUUAA